AGCUCAUGCACCCUCUGCCCUGCGGCCCAGCUGGAGAGCUUAGCACCGCCAGCUCCCCUCCUGGCCCUGCUCCCUUAAGGUGAACUGCGUUCACCCUGCUCUCCUGGGGCAGCAGCAAGCAAACCCUGGGCUGGAUCUCUGGGCCCAGGUCUGCUCGUCCUCAUGCAGCAGUGGCUGGGGCGGGAACCUGUCUUAGGGUCCCCAGAGCUGCCCUGUGGUGUGGGCAUGGCCGCCUGCCCCCGCAGCCAGCAGUCCCUGGCACCGCCCUGCCUGUCCGGCUGUGCAGCGUGGCAAGGCUUGCCCCUUGCCCUGUGCAAAUGUUUUCCUUCUGGGAGGGAGGCUCUGUGCCAGCCCCAGCGUCCCGCCCCAUCCAUCCGCCUGGGUGAAAUUGGGCUGGCACGGUGCCUGGGCUGCGGCACCCAUUGCCCUGCCCCAGCCUCCGGCAUCCCGUGGGGCCUCUGCCAGGCUCAGCCGCGGCCUGUUGGCUAUGAGCAUGGUCCCCGCUCCGUCCCCGGCCAGCCGGGGUCCUUGGGAGGAUGUCAGGGCAGAUCCACCCCGCCCUCCCUACCCCGGGCUGUGCUCUGGGGCUGUUCUCACAAGCCAGCAGCUGGGGCCAGACCCAUUCUGCGCGUGCAUUAUCCGACGCUGGCAGCGUGCGAGACUGGGUCCCUGGGCCGCGCCAGGUGAACGCAGCCUGGCUGCGGGGCAAGGGGACGGUGCAACCCUGCCCGCAGCACCCGCCUGCAGCCCCAGGCAGCUCUGAUGCAACUCCCCCAGCCUUGCCACAGCACGGCAGCCUGUUGUGCAAGGCGCCUUGCAAGAACAAGCCCGUGCAGCUCCUGGCACGUAGGAGCCCCUCCCUGCAGCAGGGAGCUGGGGGGUCUCGCUGCCAAGGGGAGAGCUCGGUGGGUCUCAGCCCCAUCUGGGGCACAACAAGCACGGCUGCUCAGCCCAUGCCUCCCCUCCUCGAGGCAGGCUGGGCAGAGAUGCGAGGAAGGGCAGCCCCUGUUCUGCGUGAAGCGGCUUCCCAGGGGUGCGGUCGGCUCUGGCGCUGAGCUGCAAUGCAGCUGGGCGCUCCAGCCUGGGGCUGGCUUCGUGCUUCUGCACAGGUUGUCCUUCCCCUCGUCGCCCUGCCCUGCCAUGGGCUAGGACUAGCCCUGAGUGCACAUCUGCAGGGCAUCAGCACUGUGCCUGGGGGUGCCUGGGGCUUGCUACCAGCCAGGAGAAGACUCCAUGCGUCUCCCAGCCCCGGGCGCUGCUCCUGCCCCUGCCCCAGCCCAGCUCCCACGGGCCUGGGUGCUUUCGAGGGGCCAGGGUUUCGGGGUGUCUGCUUGGGCCCUGGCUGGCAGGCCAGGAGCUGUGUGUUUGUCGCCGCAGGAGGAGGAAGCUGUGCUGCGCGUGGGUGCGGGGUCACAUUGCUACAGACAGGAAGGGCUGCGCGGAGCAUCUGAUCUGCUCCGCAGGGCUCAGGAUGAUGUGGGACCCACAUCCAGGCCCUCGGGGGAGCACCGUCCAGCGCUGAGCCCUGCUGCCCCAAGAUCCUUGUGCUUCCCGUGCACCCUGGCACCAGGGCGGGAUGGCCAGCUGCUGUCCGUGCCCCUGGAUCCAUGCGGAGCGGUGACGCGCUGAUGGUGCCUGGGCCGCAGGGCUGACAGCAAGCCCGGAGCUUGGUGCGUCUUCUCAGGCUCCCUGACCCGCUGGGACGGACGGCACGUGUGGUGCGGCCUGGGCCUGGGUGCUGGACGCUGCCAUGGCUCAGGACAUAGAGGCGGACUGCCUGCUGGACCUCAGCUUCCUGACGGAGGAGGAGCAGAGCGCCAUCGGCGAGGUGCUGCUCCGGGACUCACAGCUCCGCGUGCUGGAGGAGGGACGCGUCAGCAAACUGCGCGAGUCGGUCUCCAACCCCAGCCAGCUGAAGGGCCUGACCGGGGACUGGUUCUGCGACGUCCGGGCCAAGCGGCACCGGCACAACCACCUGGGCGCCGACAUCGUCCGCGCCUCCAUCCGCAGGAAGAAGAAGCCCAAAGGAGAGCAGGAGCCGAAACGUGCCCUCAGCGCGGGGGACCUGGGGCCGAUCCGCGAGCCGGUGCUGGAGGAGAAGGAGGGUGCGCUGGAUAGCGAGGACAGGCUCCCCGCAGAGGCUGCCCACGACGCCGAGGACACGCAGGAUGCAGGCCAGGUGAGGGAGCAGGAGCCUGGGGACAAGCCAGACAGCGACGACUCAUUCGAAUCAUUCAACACGUCCAGCCCAGAGGAAGGGGAAGAGGCAGGGAGCAGGGAGACCCAGGCAUGCCCGGCCAUCACCAUCACUGUACAGAGCAACGGGGCCCUGCAGAACAGCCAGGACGGGCUCGUGGAGUCGCCCCCCAAGAGGAACGGCGCGGGACCCCCCCAGACCCUGCUGACCACCAGCACCUCCAUGUCCAGCCUCGGCUCCACGCUGAGCGGCAGCAUGAUGAGCCUGUACAGCGAGGGGGACGUGGGCAGCGUGGAGGUACGCGGCUGCAUCCAGCUCUCCCUGCACUACGAGGCCAAGAGGAAGGAGCUGCACAUCCACGUCAUCCAGUGCCGGGGGCUGGCCGAGGCCAAGAAACAGCGCUCGGACCCGUACGUCAAGACCUACCUGCUGCCGGACAAGUCCAACCACGGCAAGCGCAAAACGGCCGUCAAGAAGCGGAGCCUGGACCCCGUCUUCAACGAGACCCUCAAGUACAAGAUGGAGAAGGACGAGCUCCAGAGCCGCGUGCUCAACGCGUCCGUCUGGCACCACGACACCCUGGGCCGCAACCUCUUCCUGGGCGAGGUGGAGAUCGCGCUGAGCACCUGGGACUGGGGCAACACGCAGCCCGAGUGGUUCAACCUCCAGCCCCGGACGCCGGUCUCCCACAACGGCCUCAUCAGCCGGGGCAAGCUCAACCUGGCACUGAAGUUCAUCCCUGCUGGGGCUGAAGGAGCUGGCCUGCCUCCGACGGGGGAGCUGCACAUCUGGGUGAAGGAUGCCCAGAGCCUCAUCCCCAUCCGGGGCGGCACCGUGGACUCCUCCGUGCAGUGCUACGUCCUGCCGGAUGACAGCAAGGCAAGCCGCCAGAAGACCCGGGUGGUGAAGCGGAGCCUGACCCCGCUGUUCAACCACACCAUGGUGUACGACGGCUUCCAGGCCAAGGACCUCAGCGAGGCCUGCGCCGAGUUCACCCUCUGGCACCACGAGAACUUCUCCAAGCAGCUGCUGGGAGGCCUCCGCCUCAGCCUGGGCACCGGGAGCAGCUACGGGCUGCCCGUGCCCUGGAUGGACUCCACGGAGGAGGAGCGGCGUGUCUGGGACAGCCUGCUGCAGCAGCCCGGCCUCUGGGUGGAAGCCCUGCUGCCCCUGCGGGCCAACCUCACCCCCAGGACUUAGCUCCCCCCCCGGCCUGGACUCCCCCCUGCUGCUGGGGGUGGCAGGCAGGACUGGCUUCUGAUGCCAGGGUGCUGGCCCAGGCAAUCCCAGCGAGUCCCAGAGCUGCUGUGCCCGACCCGUCUUGGAAAUAAACCCCUGUGCAACCGCGCAAGGCUGGAGAUGCUG